AUGGCACAUUACAAAGGAGCUGCCAGUGAAGCUGGGCGUGCAAUGCAAUUAAUGAAAAAGCGAGAACUCGCGCAAGCCGAAACUGAGUUGCGUAAGAAAAAAAUUGAAGAAGAAAUGAAAUUAUCAAAUAUUGAAAAUAAAUUUGCUAAACACUACGAUGCAGUGGAAGCACAACUUAAAAGUUCUACUAUUGGUUUGGUAACCCUAACUGAAAUGAAAGCCAAACAAGAAACAAUUGUCCAAGAGAGAGCUAAGAGAUUAGUACAAAAAGAGAAAGAAGUAGAGUUUGAAAAACAGAGACAAUUAGAAGCAAAACUAGAAGAAAAGAGGCGACAACAAAGGAAAAUCAAAGCAUUGUCAUUUAUUGAGGAUAUGGCAGAAGAUAGUGAAGAAGAAGAAGAGGAAGAUGAGGAAGAAGUAGAUAAAGAACCUUCUCAACCUUUACCCAAAAAAAUUAAAAAAAAUCCUGAUGUAGAUACAAGUUUUUUACCCGAUCGUGCUAGGGAAUCUGAAGAAAACUGUUUACGUGAAAAUUUACGUCAAGAAUGGACUGAUAAACAGAAGUGUUUAAAAGAAGAAGAAAUUAGUAUUACAUUUAGUUAUUGGGAUGGUUCAGGGCAUAGACGUACAAUUGUUAUGAAAAAGGGUAAUUCAAUCUAUCAAUUUUUACAAAAAGCUUUAGAACAAUUGCGUCGAGAAUUUGGUGAACUUAAAACUAUAAUGGCUGACCAACUAAUGUAUGUUAAAGAAGAUCUAAUACUACCACAUCAUUAUUCAUUUUAUGAUUUUAUUGUAGCUAAAGCUAGAGGUAAAAGUGGUCCAUUAUUUACAUUUGGUGUACACGAUGAUAUACGAAUGGUUAGUGAUGCUAGUUUAGAAAAAGAAGACUCUCAUGCAGGCAAAGUAUUAUUGAGAAGUUGGUAUGAAAGGAACAAACACAUCUUCCCUGCCAGCAGAUGGGAACCGUUUGAUCCAUUAAAGACAUUUGCCAAAUACACAGUUAAAGACAAAACACAAAAACACGAAGCAACACAAAAAAAUUAA